CAUCAAUGUCGAGCGACAGCAAUGCACAGAGGACGGAGCCCCAAGCAGUUGCCAUGGCGGCGGCGGCCCAGCCCCUCCCUCCUCAGCCAAGCGCAGGCUCAUCCCUCGCUCGCUACGAUCUCAUCUGCAUCUUGAUUUGCAACGACGCCUUCUUGCGCACUGCCCGACUCUCAACCCUGGUCAAGCUUCCUCAGCUUGCUCGUCAGCACAGAGACAUUCUCUCCCUCGUUUCCGCCGAUGCAUGGAUCGACCGGCUCUAUGACCAACUCGGCCUCACCGACAGCUUCUUCGAGGACCUCGACGAGCCCGUCGACCGUAGGGCCGUCCUGGAGGGCUUGUGCUCCUUCCUCACUCGCAACAAUGGCUUUCCCAGCAGCUUCGAGGCCUACCAGAAGGAGCUUCCGCUUUGGUGGAUCCUCCACCACAACAGCGACAUGGUGCCGCCCGUCUGGGACUACCUGAAUCCGAUUAUCGAAGCAUCGGACAUGCCCUGUAUCGCUUGCGCUGGUCCCAAGACGCUCGAGGCUGUCCGGUGGCUGGACCCGCAAGAGCAAUUUCGGCUCGUCGAUAGCGCACAAAUCAUUCGCAGACACCACUGCCCCGAUUGCGCUGCCGUCAUUCGCAACUGGGAUAGGCGGGCGAUCUACGCCAUCGUCAGGCCUGACGAGCACCCCUUUCAUACCCGCGAGCAGUGGGUCCGGCUGCUGCCGCAUGAACUCGACAUCCUUGGCGAUCCGGAUUUCUACGAGCUCCACCUCGUCAACUGCUCCCUUUCGUCUCUCUCCGGCUGGCCCGAAGAGCUCGAGCACAUUUCCCACCUCCGGAUCGAUGGAGAGCCUGCGGCGGAUCGAGUCGAGGAUCCCACAGGAAUGCGCCGUGUGUCUGGCGAGACUGAGCCUGUAUCGUCAGCAACAUGUGGCAGCUCCAAGCACUUCCCACGCUGCCUCGCCCGCCUGAGGUCACUCGAUGUGAGCCACUGCACCCGGCUUGCGUCCCUGGCAGAAUUGCAUCCGCUUCCUUAUUUGAACAAGCUUCGACUCCCGUUCUCUGUUCUUUCGCUGGAGGGAUUGCUCACGCAGCUGGAUGCACUCGAGGAGCUCGACAUGUGGGAAUGCAGCAGCCUGAAAUCACUCCUGGGCCUUGUAUCCAUGCCCAAGCUGAAGGUGCUCAGGUUACCACGAUCGGGUCGGUACUUGGAUGAUAUGUCAGAUUGGAGCGCCUGGCUCCACCACCAUCAACAGUCGCAGCCGUCUGCCGAACCGGAUGAAGCCCUGGCAACACCCUGGCCGUCUCUGACCGAGCUGUGGGUGCAGUAUCCUCCUGGGGGUCUCGGGCCGCUCUCGACCAUGCUUGAGUCAAUCCAGUCUCUGCAUCUGUUCAUGAGCGGACAGUCGAACGUGUUCGCAACUCUCCCGCCAAUGCUACGCCUGACCAGCCUUUGGCUCCAUGGAUCGAUGGACACACUGGCCCAAAUCGACGGAUACCCGGAUUCGCUUCAGCUGCUUUGUCUCGAUCAGGACUGCAUGGUCAGUUCGCUGGCGGGAAUGCCUGAAAUGCCCAAACUGGAGACGCUUGUUCUCCCGUCAUGCAUCAGCACCAUGAUCGCCAUGGCACCUCGUCUGGAGUCGCUGGUUCGGCUGAACCUGUUGGCCUGCACUGCACUACGUUCGCUUGAGGGAUUCCCAUGCUCGCCCAAGCUGGAGGAGCUGUACCUUCCGCCUUCGCUCGAAACCCUGGAAGGCAUGCCCCCAACGCUCCCGGCCAUCAAGAGCCUGAGUCUAUCGGUAUGCAUAAGACUGCGGGAUCUCAAAAACGUACCUGCAAUGCCAAUGCUUCUCAAUCUGACUCUACCGGAAUCUCUGAGGUCGUUACAGGGGAUGCCAAGGACCCUGGAGUCCCUCACGACGCUUGGAGUCAGUCGCUGUCGCCGUCUAAAGUCCCUCGAGGGUCUCUCCAACUUGCCCAGCGUCCGGCGGCUUGAGCUCCCCCCAGGACUCGAGGCCCUGAGUAUCGCAUCGGUGUCGCUCGACUCGGUCGUCGAGCUUUCCGUAGCCAGUUGCUUGCUCCUCAAGACUCUCGGUGGAUUCCCACAAGCGCCGCGCCUGGAGCUGCUUGUUCCUGCGCGCACACUCACCACACUCGAGGGCCUGCCGACGGUGAUGGGGUGUCUAAAGAGGCUUGAUCUCUCGGGAUGCACCGAACUCGCUUGUUUGAAAGGAUUCCCACAUGCCCCGAGGCUGGAGACACUGAUCCUCGACAAAUCGCUCGGAAGUCUGCAAGGGCUCCCGCCAGCCCUUCCGGCCUUGACGCUGCUCCGAUUCCAAGGAGCAACCGCAUCGUGCGCCAAUCCCAACUUGCUGUCCGAUUUGCAGCACAUGGCUCUGCCCUUGCUCAGGGAGCUUUGGUUGCCCCCGUCCGUCCAAAACUUUCAGGGGCUUCCUGGGGUCUUGGAAUCGCUUGAAACCUUGGACCUGAGCAUGGCGUGCGCCAGCUUGAGGUCUCUGGUCGGUCUCCCACACAUGCCCAGGCUCACGAUGAUGGUCCUCGCUGGCCAGACCGAACCCAAUCUCGUCGUCCAAGAACUCGCUGCCGCUGUGACCGCAUACAGACCAAACGUGGAGAUCCGAUGGCGACAAUGAAAAUAUACCAAACCAAGUCAAACCGGGAAUGGGGCGGCGGCAAUCGAAGCUAGUCGACCGUAUGCGCUGAUACAGAGGCAAGUGUGCCCGCAAGAUCCAGGCAACGACGAUAGCUGCUCCGAACUAUCCAGGAAGACCGCCAAGUUGCCCGCAGUCUAGAAGACGAUGGAUGCAGUGUGCACAUCGACCGUCGCCCAUGAUGGUCGAUUGUGCUCAUCCAUGGAUGUGCUGCUCAUAGACUGCUUCUCAUCGACGCCCAAGGAUCGGCAACGACGAAUCACCCGAUGCGAAGCGAUAGCGCGGCAUUGAUCGGAGCCGGCUCAAGCGACUAACGACGAAACGAAGC